UUUCAGGCAGAAUGUAACAGAUGCCAAGCGGUAAAAGCACAAGGCAAAGGGCUCGCUCUAGCUCUCUCUCUUUCUCUCCUUCUCCUUUUUUUUUUCUUAAAUUUUAUUUUGCCUUAUUCUAUCGGAUUUUUUCCUCAGCCUCUACCUGGGAUUUUCCUUUGGAAAAGUGUCUGAGGUUCCACCGAAAUAUGGAACUUGAUUUUGGACAUUUUGAUGAAAGAGAUAAGACAUCCAGGAACAUGCGAGGCUCACGAAUGAAUGGGCUGCCCAGCCCCACUCACAGUGCCCAUUGUAGCUUCUACCGAACCAGAACCUUGCAGGCGCUGAGCAAUGAGAAGAAAGCCAAGAAGGUACGUUUCUACCGCAAUGGGGACCGCUACUUCAAGGGGAUUGUGUACGCUGUGUCCUCUGACCGUUUUCGCAGCUUUGACGCUUUGCUGGCUGACCUGACUCGAUCUCUGUCUGACAACAUCAACCUGCCUCAGGGAGUGCGUUACAUUUACACCAUUGAUGGAUCCAGGAAGAUCGGAAGCAUGGAUGAACUGGAGGAAGGGGAAAGCUACGUUUGUUCCUCAGACAACUUCUUUAAAAAGGUGGAGUACACCAAGAAUGUCAAUCCCAACUGGUCUGUCAACGUGAAGACUUCUGCCAAUAUGAAAGCCCCCCAGUCCCUGGCUAGCAGCAAUAGUGCCCAGGCCAGAGAGAACAAGGACUUUGUACGCCCCAAGCUGGUGACCAUCAUCCGCAGUGGGGUGAAGCCUCGGAAGGCUGUACGUGUGCUUCUGAACAAGAAGACAGCCCACUCUUUUGAGCAAGUCCUCACUGAUAUCACUGAAGCCAUCAAGCUGGAGACUGGGGUUGUCAAAAAACUCUACACACUGGAUGGAAAACAGGUAACCUGUCUCCAUGAUUUCUUUGGUGAUGACGAUGUGUUUAUUGCCUGUGGUCCUGAAAAGUUUCGCUAUGCUCAGGAUGACUUUUCUCUGGAUGAAAAUGAAUGCCGAGUCAUGAAGGGAAACCCAUCGGCCACAGCGGGCCCAAAGGCAUCUCCAACACCUCAGAAGAGUUCAGCUAAGAGCCCCGGCCCUAUGCGCCGGAGCAAGUCUCCAGCUGACUCAGGUAACGACCAAGACGCAAACGGGACCUCCAGCAGCCAGCUCUCUACCCCCAAGUCUAAACAGUCACCCAUCUCCACGCCCACCAGUCCUGGCAGCCUCCGGAAGCACAAGGUAGAUCUGUACCUGCCUCUGUCCUUGGAUGACUCGGACUCACUUGGUGAUUCCAUGUGAAGAAGAGAAUGCUCGGAGUCCAGAGUACAAAUCCAAACUCACCGUUACAAUAGGGUACUUCUGCUCAAGGGUCCAACAGGGCUAUUGGUGCUUUCAAAUUUUAAUUUGUCAUUGUUUUUACUUUUAAAAACACACUGUAAUAUGUUGGGUUUAUGUUCCUGUGAUUUCUCCUCUGGGCCACUGAUCCACAGUUACCAAUUAUAAGAGAUAGAUCGAUUAACCAUUCUUCGGGGUAACUUUCCGGGGAUGCAAAAUGUGCUAGUCCAUGACCUUUCUAUUGAAAACUUAGGCGCCUGCGUUAUUUCUCCCCGUCUCACUUUGCUCAUACACGACAGUCUUCCUUCUGUAGAGGGUUGUUUACAUACAUAGCCCUUAAAAUGCGUAUGUGGGAAAGAAACUCAUUGGCAAAUCCAAGAGUGACAAACACAAGUGCCCCUUGUCUCCUGAUCUCAAGAAUGCUGGAAGAUCCUAGGAGGGCGGCAAGGCAGCUCCCCAGCCUUGCUCUUCCCUCCCGACUGAGCCCCCAGUUUGUCGUCUAGCACCAGUUCUGGCUGUCAAGGGGGAGAAACACCAGCAAUUUGUAAUUCUGACAGCAGAUGCUUAGGACCCCGGUGCAGGGCCAGUGAAAAUGAGACUAGGCAGAAUUGAGAAACGCUGUCGUCGUUUCGGUAGCAUUUCUAAAGCACAGCAAAUUUCUUGUCGAGCUCUCCAGUGGGGCAAUUUGGAAUCAAUAAGCAAUUAAGGGUUGGCGGUGAGGGACUUCGUAUGCCCGAUUCCUCUAGGAGGCUGUCUAACAUAGCGAGUUAUUACACAAACUGUAUGGUAUCCAUCUGUCUCUGUUCUAUUGAAUGCCUUGUAAACAGCCAACACUGAAAACACUGUGAGAAUUUGUUUUCAGGUCUGACACCUUUUGGUCGCUUUUUAUAGCAAGAAAACCAAUAUCCUUUUUAUAAAACUUCGUGUCUGUACUUCGGGAGCAAACUCUUCAGGCUCCUUUUUUAUAAACUGGUGAUUUUUCUUUUGUCUAAAAAACACAUGCAGAAAAUUUACCAAAAAAAAAAAAUGCAGAAGAAUAACAUAGUUUAGAAAUCAUGCUGUCACUGCCAAACAGAAACCUCCGGGAGGAAAAAAAAUGAGUAGCAGAGGCCAAUUCAAUAGAAUCAGUCUUUUGAUAACUUUAUAACAGUUAUGCUUACAUUAAUAAUUUCAACGUGGACCAGACAUUCUAAUUAUAUUUUAAGGGAAAUGUUACGGCAUAUUUUCAGCAAGUCUUUUUUAUCUGCGAUCCUGAUAUUUCAUACUGAAGACACAGAGACCUUUCACUUGUCUUUCACGCUAGAAAGGAUUUCUCUUUACUAAGGACUGAUCAUUCGAAAUAGCUCUCAGUCUUUGAGGUACCGGUUCAUAACACUGCUUUUUGUCUGUAACCAUAGCCCAUAACGGCAAAGAUGACUAAAUUUAAGGGAAAGCCAUGCAUGCCAGUUCUGUGUUUGCUUUUAGCAGAUAUGAAGAUUUUUUCCCCCUUAUUUCUUUGUAAUUGUUCGGAUAGUGUGUGAGGGGCAGCACUCAAAGCCAAGCUGUUGGUUGUUCAAGAGUUGUCCAAGAGUUGCGGUUGUUCCUCCUCUUGAACUGGAAUGAGCUUGGGAGGUGUGUGCGUAUGUGUGUGUGCACCCUCAGUGGCUUCAGAACUGGGAGAUACUGCAGGAUACCCCGGAUCCGUGGCAACUUGGUGGCAUUGCUGAUGUGGAAGGGAACUUGGUGGUGUAAGGGGUAGCUCAGAUACCUCUAGAAAAGCUUCAGAGGACCUUAGCUACAAGAAAUAUCUUUGGCUCAAGAAAAGUCCUGAUGAUAAUAAUACUGAUUCCUGGUUCAAUGGGUCACCAUAGAACCCCAAAUCAUGAGAAUAUUUCUUUGCCUCUCUCCUUUAUGUGUAGGUCUAUUGGAAACCAUGACAGAGCCCAUUUUCUUUACUCCCUACUUUCUUCUGGAAGCUCAAGGUUUUUCCUUAGUGCCUCCCAGAACAAUUUGUAGUUAAUUGGGAAAAACUGGUACUUGGGAUGGUGAGGAGGGGGGAAGGGGCAGUGUAGAGAGAGUAGCAGGUCUAUUUUUAAUCUUCAGGCCAGACCCCCAAAGAUUCCACUCUCUCAGGAUCUCAUUUAGCCCAGUUCCUUCCAUUUAAGAUGAGACGGAGGCUGAGGCCACUAAUGGACAGGCUGGUGAGGAGCAAGACCAGAGGAGUUUAGAUUCUCUCCUAUCCUGGGCCCUGUGCUACCUUCUUGAGCAUUUCCUCGCUGGUGGCAGGUGUACUAAAUGGACACAUUCUCCUGAGAGUGACUUUUGAUCCAACAGUCUUCAAUCAUAAAAGUAGAUUUUCCAUCUUUCUUUUAAUCAAUUAUAAGAGAACAUUUCUGUACUGCCACUUCAGGGGGCUUGGUCUUGUUCCAAAAUCUAAGCCUUUAACGAUUGCAUUUUAAAUUAGCCUAUUUUCAAAGCAGAAGAAAAAAUCAUAACUGUGCGCCUUCACCCUUGUCAUUCAUGCCAGAUUUUGCCCAAUCUGGUUUUACCACUAAAGUCCCAUUGUAUUACCUUCUGCACACUCAGCAAAUAUCAAGUCAUUCAGCAAACAUCUACCACCACUCCCCUAUCCUCCCUUCCUCUUACGCGCGUGCAUGCCCACGCGCACGCGCACGCACGCGCACACACAAACACAAUCCAUCUGUUGCUUGUUCCUACCUCCUGAUUUUUCUCCCUUACAGAAAUAGAAAUAGGGACAAAGAAGGGGAAAAUGUAUAUAUGGGGCUGGGCUGAACAACUUCUUAAGUAGUGUUAACUAGGGGUAAAUUGAGAGAAAAUUUCCUUUUCUCUUCACUGUUUUGGAAAGGAUAGCCAUUAGCAUGACUGCUUUGUGUCCUUAAGGACUUUAGUAUUAGCCUAGAUUGAAUCAUAGAGCUUUCUAGCUGGAAGGAACCUUAGGAUCACAUGACCUACUCCAAAUUCCUCCUUUUCAGGCCAGGAACGAGAUGCAGAGGUAAUUUCCCCAAGGUCACACAGCUGGCUAGGGGCAGGGCUGGGAUUAGAACCCACAUCUAUUGGCUCUUGUUCCAGGGCCUUUUCCCACUGAACUGUAUUGCCUUCCAUGAGACUCCUGAGAAUUCUUUCCCAGGGUCAUGUUGCAUCUUGGAGCCAUAUGCUGCUGCCCUGAGCUCAGUGGGGAAUCCACACAGCAAUCUCAUACGGCUCUUUCUCCCUGUGUUCACAUGGUUCCCAUCCACAUGGACUGCAGAUGUCCCCAAAGGAGGAGGAGGCAUUGAGGACCCACAGGAACAAUGAGGUGCCUGACCUUGUCCACCCAACACAGAGGAUCACUGUCCCACCUUGAGGAGCCCUUGGCUCUCUGAGCUCCUGCCCUGUCCAGCUGAAAUGGGGGAAGGCUGAUUUUUCCCUGUCAGCUCACCUCAUCACAUCUCCUAUUGGCUGGGUCUUCAGAGGCUGAGGGAAAUGAUUCUCGUUCCUAGAGCAGGGAAAGGAAGGAAGAAAUAGAACCAUAGCUUUGUUCCCCAUAAAUUUCCGAGAUGGCUUUUCAGUAUUUUUUGAAUGACUGUGGCUGCCAUUCACUGGCAAUGAUUUCUUUUAAAAUAUGGGAGAGAGGCUAGCUAGAGAGAAUAACCUGGUCUUGCUGUGGUGGUUCUCAUCUACAAUGUUCCCAUACCCAUCCUGCCCCAAUGGGGAUAAUUUCCAGAUAUAAGCAAGGGGCUUCAUAACUAAAAUUCACCUCAGCUGGUGGUAAACAUUGGCUCCUAGCAUUUGCACUAAAAAGCAAGCUCUGUGCUCUACAUACCAUACUCACCUUCUUGUGUGUGCUGCUUGCUCCUGUGGCCUUCCAUGGCAGAAACCAGGGCAACAAGGUCUGAACCCAUGGUUUGGCUCCUAGUAAGUCUCCUUCUGGGAUUGAAGGGUUAUUCAUUAGUUCAGGUCCAAGAGACUUCCUUCUGGGCUUACCCUGCUUCUCAGGAAGUUCUCUCUUCUUCCUGUUUCUCCUCCCCAAUUGGAAGGAGCCAAGGAACCUUAAAGUGGAUGUAUAGUUCUAAGAAGAAGGAAAAUAUAAGGGGUCUGAGGCCCCUUGAUCCUUCUUUGAAUCAACCAGCCCAAGUCUUAGAGCAGCAAUGCAGUGCUUGCCUUGGACACAAUGACAUCUACUUCUUUAGUCCCUUUAAUAAUGGCAGGACAUGCCCUCAAUCCCCCUCAGAUAUGGUUCUAAGUAGCUUUUCUUUUUUUAAAAAACACAUCUCCCUGGGACAAGGGAAUAAGCAUGCCCAUGUACCCCAGAGGAGCUCUAGCACACUGAUGAGAGUGUUUUCAGAGAUCAGCCUACCUCCAAAACAUCUUUGCCAAUAUGCAUCUCUGGAUAGCUGCCCCAGGACAGUGGGGUUUGAAUGACCUCUUUUGCUACCCAAGUCACUAUGGAGACUAAAAGGCAUUGGAGAUUAAUUUUUUGAAGCAGGUCUUUGGAACCUCUCCUUGGCCACAAAGGGCCACUUGAAUCUCCAAGGCCAGGCCACAAUCAUGCAUUGUCCUUAUGGCAUCCAGGGAUUUGGCUCUUAGGCCUAGGCUGGUUUCAUCAGUAAACUGUCAGUAUUUUGAAGCUCAUAUGAGAUGAGGGGACAUCAAGGGUCCUAUGUUUUGGGACCUGGUAUCCAGAGAGAAUGAAGUCCCAGACAUUGAUAUGCCAGAAGUGAUCUGAGACCUCUUACGUAGCAAGAGAGCUGUCACACUUCUGCCAUUGCCCUAGGAAGGAAACCUCUUAUGUAGUAUUGUCCAAUGGAACAUUCAGUGAUUCCAUAUGGUGUUUCCUCUUCCUUAUCUGUGUGGCCAUGUGGAGCAAGAAUACUGCAUUGAUUCCCCAUGCCUACCUUCUGGCGGGGGAGAGAGAUCUCCAACAGACUCUUUGGCUCUUGGUGGCCUAGACCCAGUGUAGUGCUGUUAAUAUUCAGUGGAUUGCCCUAAAGGCUGUGAUUAUGGACCAAGACAACACAGGCCAUUCAUUUCUUAAAAGUGAAUUCCCAAUUUUAUUCUUCUAUUUCUUCAGGAAAAAGAGACUUUUUCCUCUGUCUCUCCCAUCCUGGUUCCCAGAGCUUAUCUCCAUCCCCAAAGAUGCAGUGUGGCCUUGACAUUCAACCACUUGGUGUUGCUAUUGUUUCCUGCUUGUUUCUCAUUAAAGAUCCAUGCAGACCUCCCACUUUGGCCCAGGUGGUGUGACACUGGCUAUCACAGGACAAGACUCUGGAACCUGCUUCUAACUGCCUACACUUUGACAUCUUCUGGAAUCAGAUGCAAUCUCGUCUUACCUUAGAUGCCUGGGUUUGGGGGGGGAUAUAGAAUUCACCUUGGGAAUUAAAGCAUCUUCUUGCUCCUGAUUAGAAGGGACAGCCUAGUGGGGAGAGAUUAGGUGGCACAAUGGAAGUCAGAGCAAACACCUUGUGAACUAAGGCACAUGUGGGGACCUGGAAACUUCUCAUUUCUGGGUUAAUAAUAACCUGAGGAAGCAAUGUCUUUUUGCCAAUGUCUACCUCCCCUGUGUAUUUCUUUGUCUUGUCUUUCUCUCUCUAGUUCAUUAGAAUUGCUCUCAUUUUUAUACUCUCUUAUCACUCUCUUCUUUCAGAGUACAAAUGCCCAUCUCUUGUCCUCUGCAAUUCCCUCUCUUGUUUGUUGUCUCCCAUUUUAUUCCUUCCUUCCUCCAUGUCUAGGUAUUGGGCACAUACCUCUUCUUAGCCCUGAAGUUUUGCCUUGGUGAUGUGAAGUUAUUUCUGGACUUGACCAGCGCUGAUCGUACCCCAGUCCAGUCAGAAGUAUGGUGGUUGAAAUCAAUCUGAUCCUGGCUCUUUGUUCUCCAUUUUCAGUUGCCCUUCCCCAAAGCAGGUCUUUAUAAGCAGUUUCCUUACAGCUCAUGUAUCUUUGGGUCUUUGCCUUCCAAGCACUGUACAGAGCACUCUGUGGUUCUUUUUUAGUCUGCCAUUUUGUGGAGCAGUGAAGUGUGCUCAGAGAAAUAAUCAGCUGAACAGAAAAGUCCACCCAUGGAUUCUUAUCAGCUAAAUACUAUUAAAUGAUUUCAUUUGCUUUGCUCAUAGUUUUAAAAGCUGCAAUAUAAUAUCAUGAGAGACCACAGGUCAUCUCUGCUGUCAUUUGGUUUGGCCGGCUGGGGGCGUUGGGUGUCGGGUAGAGCAACUGGGUUCAAGUUCUACCCCCUGAUACAUUAAAUUGUCUGUAACAACCUUAUGUUUGGGGUUUGCCAACUGUUGAACUGUUUUAGCUAAACUGAUAGGCAGUUGUGGUUGAUUUAAUGGAAAGGGUAAUGAACAAACCCCUACCACAGAACAAAACAUUCACUCAAUUAAUAUCUAUUUGUCCUUCUAUUACUAAAUUCACCUAAAUGUUUAUUCUUAACUCCAGCUGUUCACAUCCCUGUGCAGGCAGUCCACAUAGAGUAAUCAGUGGGCCUCAAGAAGUCAGCUUGUAGGUGCUAAUUUAUUCCACAGGGUACACAGCCCUUGGGGACGUCAUGGCUUGGCAAUGCCAUAUGGAAUGCCCUUUCUGAUGGCUUUUCUUUAUAACUUCUCUUAAAGGGAUUUGAGCAAGUAAGAAGUUAUACCAAAACGUCUCCCAUGUAUGGUCCUGCAAUAUAUUGCAGCUUGAAGCCAAUGAUCCCUUAUGACUUGUAUACAACUAAUGCAUGUUUUGAUUGAAGUUUGCAUUUCUCAUGUGUGGUAAGUUCUUUAAAAAAAAAAAAAAAAGGUUUGGGUCACCUUUUUGUGCCAUUAAACUUGUACAGAAAACGCUUUUAUGGCCAUUUUCAAAGGGAGAAAGUUAAAAAUGGAAACAGCCCACCCUUUCUGCCCUAUUGCUGUAGUUAGAACUCAGUAAGUGUAGCAAAAACAGCUGUAAUUGGUGGUUGUAGUAUUAGAGGCGUUAGCUUGCUAGUGACUAGCUUUGGAGAGUAAAUGCAUGGUAUUAUACAUCCCGUUUCUUAAAUAACUCAUUUUAACCUCUGAAAAGAAUAUAUUCUUCCCUGUGGUCCCUCUUCCCUGCCCACUCCCUUCCCCUGCUCCCAGGUGUCUCAUAGUUGUAAAGAACUGAUUUGGGGGCCGACGUCUUUUGCCAAGUCAAGUCAACAAGAAACAAGCAGGCCAAAAAGGGGGGAAAGGCAUUUCUCAACAUUCUCUUCAGCAGCUAGUGACCAUUUCUCAAGGAAUGACGUUAUGAUCAAACACUCAACUUCCCUUUGCAUGAAAAAAAAAAAAUCGGUGGCAGCUCGAGAAUGUGUUUGACCGUUUGCUUACAUAGUGGAGUUGAAGAGUUCUCAGAAUCGUGUGCAAUUGAAAGACAUUGGACAAUGAUAUUCCUUUACCCCUGCAGCAGUUUUGAGGUAUUUGGAAACCUCACAAGGCUCUGCUUGACUGAGCCAUACUUAUUAAGAAAGAAUGAAAAAAAAAAACAAAACAGAAAAUGACAACAGAUAACUUAGGGACUUUUUAGCUGCCCCCGUAGAAGAGUUGUAGCCGUAAAAGAUGAGGACAUGCACAGAGAAGCAUUGCCCCUGGUUGCCCAGGCAAUGUCUAUCUUUGCUUUCUGACUGUGUUUCUAAAGUACUGUUCCAUGAAAGCGCUCUCUCCUUUUUGGUUUGCUGUUCCCACUUGGACUGGUAGGUUUGAUGAGGCUUAUGUAAAACCAGCUGGAGCAGACCUUUUUCAUCUCCUGUGCCUGUUAAUAUCCCUCUCCCUCCCUCCAUGAUUUCAUGAGGGCUUUCUUUGGUUAGAGGACUUCAAAGUCUAGAGAAGUUCCCCAUGUGUGUAAUGUGUUGUGAACUGUGAAUGCUGCAGCUUCACGGCAUUCGAUACCAGGAGGCUGGAGAGCUGCUCUUGCAAUCAUUUUGGCUCUCGAGCUCUGUUCUUCAUCUCAUUCUCAUUUCUGUGUACAUUUGCAAGAUGUGUGUAAUGCCAUUUUCCAAAAAUAAAAUUCAAUUUCAAUA